CCCAGCUUUGUAAAUCACAAUUCAAAAACACCCCAAACACUCUCUCUCUCUCUCUCUCUCUCUCUCUCUCUCUCUCUCCCUGAUUCACUUGUUGGUGGCAGUAAUCGCAAGCUAACAGUGAACAACUGUGAAAUUUCCGGCGGCUGAGAUUGGCGGACGGAGGAGGAUAUGAUGGCGUCGGCGCCGGUGAACAAGAUUGAGCGGGCCCACCUGAUGUACCGGGAAGGUAGCUACUCGGAGGCGCUAGGGUUUUACACCGAAGCCCUAUCCAUGGCCAAGACCAAACCCCAGAAGAUCGCCCUCCACAGCAACCGAGCUGCUUGCUUCUUGAAGCUCCACGAUUUCAAAAAGGCAGCAGAUGAAUGUACCUCAGUGCUUGAGCUUGAUUACAAUCACACUGGAGCAUUGAUGUUGCGGGCGCAGACCUUGGUGACCCUCAAGGAAUAUCACUCGGCACUCUUUGAUGUUCAUCGGCUCAUUGAGUUAAAUCCAUCAUCAGAAGUUUAUCAAAACCUUCAAGCCCGAUUGAAGACACAAGUGUCACUCGCUCCAAUACCUGAAUCCGAAGCAGAGCUAGAAGAAGAGGAAGAAGACGAGGAGGAUGAAGCAGAGCCAAAUAGAUAUGAGGAGGACGAGGAGCAAUACGAAGAAAAAAAAGAUGCGGUACUUUCAGGUGCAGGAAAGGAACAGAUUCCUGAGGUUAAUGAGACAACUACUGUUGCCGAUGUUAUUCCCCCUAAGACACCGGUAAACAGGGAAGUUCCUCCACAAGGAAGGGAUCCAAAAGGUAACUACAUAAAGACCAUUUCCCCAGCUGAAGUUGUUGCCGCUCGUGCAGUCAAGGUAUCGUCUGAAAAAGAAAAAGAAAAAGAAAAUGGAUGGCAAGCAAUUCCAAAACCAAAGGGACACUCUUCUCUGGACUAUGCACGGUGGGAUAGAGUGGAAGAUGACUCUAGUGAAGAGGAUGACGAUGACGAUGAUGAUGAAGACUCUCAACCUCAGUAUAGAUUCCGUGUUAGAACUGUUGGUGUCCGACCAGUGAAGUGAAGCAUCAUAUUUUUUUGGGACAACCAACCACAAAGUCAAAAAAUCAUAGUGAAGUAAGCAGCAUGCGAAAGUUGUGGUAGUUACAAGUGGAGAAACUUUGAAAGCUAUGAGAAUCUGGCUUUGACGUGUGGGCGAGCUCUGGCAAUGCAUCAUUUGAAGAAACAGGAUUCUGCAAUUUACAAACAAUUCAUGCUGUGGCACAAAAAUAAGCGGAAGCUCGGUCUACAACAGUUGAAUUCCAACUUGUCGAGGCUAGACUAGUCCUUACAGGGUCAGGUAAAAUUGUUGGUUGUGAUGUAAUUACAUGCUUUUGUAAAUUUUUACCGCAAUGCUUGUAAGAAAAUAAUGAAAAGUAUAUAGGUUUCCAGGGUUGCUUCCAUCCUCAAUCAACUUGGAAACCCGAAAGAUGACAUAAACUUUCAAUAUUCAAUAUAUUCUUUUACUGCA